GGGUUUCCAUCCCCUCUGAGUGGAGGGGACGAGCUCCGACUGCCUGUGGGUUGAAGUUCCUCUUCUGUGAACGCCCUGGUCUCGUGCUCUGCACCAGCUUCCGGUGGGUCCCUGCCUCCCUCCCUCUCACUUGCUUUCCUCUUCUCUUCUCAGGCAGAAGCAGCCCCGGGACCCUCCUGAGAUGCUGCUGCUGCUGCCUCUGCUGUGGGCAGGGUCCCUGGCUCAGGAUUCGAGAUACCGGCUGCGAGUGCAGGAGUCAGUGACCGUGCAGGAGGGCCUGUGUGUCUUCGUCCCCUGCCAGGUCAUCUACGUCUGGAAAGGCUGGACUGACUCCUUCCCAUGUCCCUGGUGGAAUGAUUCCAGAACAGCUCUUGGCUUCUGGUUCCGGGAAAAGGCUGCUAUAUCCCGGGAUGCUCCAGUGGCCACAAAUAACCCACACCGAAGUGUGCAGGGGGUGACCCAGGGCCAAUUUCACCUCCUUGGAGACCCCAGAAGAUGUAACUGCUCCCUGGACAUCAGAGAUGCACAGAGUGGGGUCGAAGGAACAUACUUUUUUCAGGUGGAAAAAGGACAUAUGAAACAUAGUUACCUACUAAAUAAGGUCUCUGUGCAUGUGACAGCCCUGACCCAGACACCCGACAUCCAGAUCCCGGGGACCCUGGAGUCCGGCAGCCCCAGCAGCCUGACCUGCGCUGUGCCCUGGGCCUGUGAGCGGGGGACGCCCCCCACCUUCUCCUGGAGGUCAGCCGCCCUCCCCUCCCUGGGCCCCAGCACCCGCCUCUCCCCAGUGCUCACCCUCACUCAACGGCCCCAGGACCACGGCACCAACCUCACCUGCCAGGUGACCUUCCCUGGAGCGGGGGUGACCGUGGAGAGGACCGUCCAGCUCAGUAUCUCCUAUGCUCCACAGAACCUGACAAUCGUCGUCCACCCAGGAGACGGCUCAGCUCUGAGGAGUCAGGGAAACAUCUCGUCCCUUCCCGUCCUGGGGGGCCAGGCUCUGCGCCUGCUCUGUGAGGCUGACAGCAACCCCCCUGCACAGCUGAGCUGGUUCUGGGGGUCCCCAGCCCUGAACACCUUCCCCAUCUCCGACUCUGGGGUCCUGGAGCUGCCUCGAGUAGGGACAGAUGAGGAAGGAGAGUUCACCUGCCGAGCUCGGCAUCCUCUGGGCUCCUUGCACGUCUCGCUCAGCCUCUCUGUGCUCUGUGAGUGUGGGGCUCUGGGACGCCUUUCUAGUAGGACGAGGAUGGGGAGCAGAAGGUGUAGAGAAGAAGCAGGAGCACAUCUUCACGGUGACCUCCAGCUUGGUCAGACAGGACUGAAGACUUCCUGAAGCUCAGUGUGGGGGAAGCCAGGAGCCGGGGCAGGCGUGAUCCCGGGGGCUGUAGGGGGUGCUGGCGUCGCGGUCUUGCUCGCUCUCUGCCUCUGCCUCAUCUUCUUCACGGUGAAGUCCUGCAGGAAGAAAGCUGUGAGAGCAACGGGAGCGGAUGGCGUCCCCCCAGCCUCCCUGGUGGAAGACCUGGCCCUGUUCUGCCCCCAUCCUCCGUCUCCUCUUCCUGGGCCUUACACCACAACGUGCGUCUGGGCUUCUUAAGGCAGCUCCACACCUUUUCCCCUCUCGCCCCUCUCUGAACUGAGCUCCCCUCAGAGCUUCAUGUCACACCUCCUGCCUCCACCUGUCCUCUCAGCACAGUUCCUCAGCGUUACCUCCAUAAGAGAUCUGCGUCCCGUCAUUGCCAAGCUUCAAGCACAGCGCAUCCCCCAGUGUGGGAAGAUGGGGGUCCACACUGGAUGGGCAUUUGGGGCAGGACCCCCAGGUCUACCUCCUCCCACACUGGCCUUCGCAGUCUCCUCAACCAGAGCCAGAUAUUUGCAUGUCAGAACCAUUGCUUUGUUGUCCCCUCCAAAUCAGCAUCAAACUGUCCAAAUGCUGCUCAUUCCACAAGCUCUGACUGUCAUUUAUUUCUGUGACUCUGACUAAUGUGGAUCUCACUGUCAGGAUAUACACAUCCAGUCCUUCAGCAAACAGCUAUCAGGUUCCCAGGCUUUGCUCUAGGUGCUUGGGUCGUACCUGUGGACAAGUGUGCACUGUCCCUGCUCUAUGGACUUACGUUUAUUGGGAAGGACAUGAAAACAAUGAGUAGUGAUAAGAUAUGGGAAGUCAGCAAGAAUUAAGGGCGAUGAAGGGAGAUGAAACAUAAAAGUGAGGAGGGACAGUCGAGGGGGCUGAAGAAUGACCCUUGAGCAAAACCUGCAAGAAGUGAAGGACACAGCAUCAGCCAGAGUGAGAACGAUAAAACUCAAAGAGAGGGAGGAGCAGGUGCUAGGUCUCUGCGGCUGGGACGUGA